AUGACUACUGGUGGCGGUCUAGAGUUUUUCGUGACAUUGCCUCGACUUUUAGAAUCAGGAACAUCCGCUUUCUCAGCUUUUCCUAGAAGUGAUGAUAAAAAGAAAGUGGAUUACAGAAUGAAAAAUAAAGAAAGUGGACUGAAGAGAGCAAAGAUUUGGUCAACAACGAAAUACAUGAGGAAGAUUGAAAAAUGUUUCGCUAGCAUUAACAAGAAGCACAUUGCUAGUAACACCCAAGGCAGCGCAAAAUCGAAAAAUAUCGAAAAAAAAUAUGUUCACUUUCAAGCGCCGCAAGGUGUUUGGUUCGAAUUCCGCCCGCUAACGGUGUCGAUUACGCGCACUAGCGGUGCCGAAUUUAUUUCGAGGCAAAUAAAACGAGCAACUGCAGCUUGGUCCACAUUAAGAAAUCGCUUUGAUAACAAAAGGGUACUCGUAAAUACUCAAUUACAGAUAUUGUUAAACCAAAACACAACCUCACAUGAAUCCGCUGCGGGAAUAAGGAAACUACUCGAUAUAACUAACGAAUGUCUGCAAGCUUUAACGAAUAUGAUGGUGGAGGUUGAAGAAUGGGACCCCAUUUUAGUUUAUCUGACAGUGCAAAAACUUCCAUCAGAGACGCACCAGUUAUGGGAGCAAAGUAUAGGUUGCAGCAAAAGUAUUCCAUCAUUGGGAGAACUCGCGCAGUUUUUAGAGACAAAAUUUCGAACACUGGAAGCUAAUUCAACAAAAAAGGGUCAAAAUUGCCAGGAUCAAAAGAAAAAUUGUAGUGGUCAUAGAUUUUCGACUUGUCAAAGUAAAAGUAAAUGUAGGUUCUGUAAUAAAAAUCAUCACACCUUACUUCAUCGUACGUAUGAAACUUCCCGAGACUUUCAGCCACUUAGCAUGCAUGGUAGACCCAGAAACAAUGGCAACAUACCAGGCACAUCUUCAAAUGGAGGAUCCUCGCGAGCUGAUCAGAUUUCACCCAUACAAAAUGACUUGCAGUUUCAGACAUACUCGAUUAAUACAACGAAUCAGUCAUCGCAAAUAUUGUUGGCUACCCAACUUGUCAAAAUAAUUAAUCCGAUUUCCGGCAGAUGCCAGGUUGCACGAGCUUUAAUUGAUCCGGGGUCCCAGACAUCAUUCGUAAGUGAGACCUUGGCUCAACAAAUUGGUUUGAAGCGGAAGGAAAUUUGCGCACAGAUACAUAUUGUUGGGCAAACAUCAAUUGCUCAAAUAAAAUUUUCAGCGAAAUUCUUCUUGGGCACUUUGAGUCAUAGUGAUCUAGAACAGAUUGAGGUCACUGGUCUAUUAUUGCAAAAACUCACGCACAUGAUACCGGAAAAAGUAGUGAUUAGGGACGAUUCAGUAGUGAUUAGGAUGCAUCUUAGAAGAUUAAAACUGGCUGAUCCAGAAUAUUAUAUUCCGUCUAAGGUGGACUUGCUUCUGGGUGCUGACGUUUAUGGUCGCAUACUUUUAAAUGGCGCGGAAAAAGGUCCAGUUGGUAUACCAAUUGCCCAGAGAACAAUAUUUGGAUGGAUUUUGUCUGGAGAGGUACAAGAAUCGAGUCACACAACUAAUUUCAUCUCAAAUUUCUAUAAAUACGGUAAUUUAAAUGAAGAACUCAAGAAAUACUGGGAGAUCGAGAAAAUAUCCACUAAAAAAUUACUCACUUUGGAGGAAGAACAAUGUGAGUUACGUUUUAUGAGAACACAUACACGCCUAUCAAAAGGUAAAUACAUGGUCGAAUUACCGUUGAGACCUGAAAGUGAUGAAACGUCUUUUGAAAAAACACGAAAUGUUGCUGUUAGCAGAUUAUUGGCAAUGGAAAGACGUUUUAAAAAUGAUGAAGGUUUAAAAAACAACUACAAAAAGUGCGUGCAAGAAUAUCUAGAUUUGGACGAGAUGGGCUCGAGCUAUCUUCCGCAUCACGGAGUAGUCAAAAAAAGUAAUACAACCACAAAAUUGCGAGGUGUCUUCGAUGCUUCACGUCCUACCAGUACAGGUGUGUCACUAAAUGACAAAAUGUUUAAGGGUCCAGUGUUACAGGAUGAAUUGGCCUCGUUGCUUAUUAGAUGGCGAAUAAACAAAAUAGCCUUCACCGCCGACUUAGAAAAAAUGUACAGGCAAAUAUACGUUUCACCUAAACAUGGAAUCACAUCAAACAAUCGUGCCGUAGAUGAAGGUCAUAGGCUCUCUGUUGCAGCUGAAAUAAUAUUGUCAUGCUUUUACGUUGAUGAUCUUCUAUCGGGAUCAGAUGACAUAAAAACAGGUUUAACAAUUCAAAAGCAAUUAAUUGAAUUAAUGAGAGCUGGUGGUUUUAUACUGCGAAAAUGGGCUUCAAAUUCACAAGAUCUUUUAAAUGCUGUGCCGAAGGAACACCGUGAGAUCAAUUUCCCAUUAAAUACGAGUGAAGAUGAAACAAUUCGUGUGUUGGGUAUACAGUGGAAUCCAUCGACUGAUAGAUUUGUAUAUACAACAAAUGAAUAUGUCUCAAAUUAUAACGUGGACAAAAAGAAAGGUUCUAUCUGA